CGGUUGUUCACUCAUCUGUCUCAGGGUUUGGAUUUACCUGGAUCUGGCAGCAGGGAGUGCUGCAAGUUGAACUUUGCUAAUACUUAUUUGCCAGAUUGUGUUCAAAGGUUCUCCCGGCGUCGCCGCGGACGUUUAGUGUUGCAACACCGCUUGCAAGAUGGCUUCUGCUUGGCAAAGUGUCGUAUCUUUACACCAGAGGAUGGUGGACUAUGGAGACAAGAGGACGGACCCGUGGCUGCUGGUCUACUCCCCCAUCCCGGUGUCGAUCAUCUUCCUGCUUUACCUCUGUGUGGUCUGGUUCGGCCCCCGCCUGAUGAAAAACAGACAACCUGUUGACCUGAAAGCCGUUCUCAUUGUUUACAACUUUGCCAUGGUCUGCCUGUCUGCCUACAUGUUCUACGAGUUCCUGGUCACAUCCAGGCUGUCAAACUACAGCUUCUCCUGUGAGCCUGUAGAUUACAGCAACAGCCCGCUGGCAAUGAGGAUGGCCAGUGUCUGCUGGUGGUUUUUCUUCUCCAAGGUCAUAGAGCUCAGUGACACGAUCUUUUUCAUCCUGAGGAAGAAGAGCAGUCAGGUGACCUUCCUUCAUGUCUACCACCACGGCACCAUGAUCUUUAACUGGUGGGCAGGAGUCAAGUAUGUGGCCGGCGGAGACUCGUACUUCGUCGGCAUGAUCAACAGCUUCGUACACGUUGUGAUGUAUUUUUACUACGGCCUGGCUGCCAUCGGCCCUCACAUGCAGAAGUACCUGUGGUGGAAGCGAUACCUCACGUCCCUGCAACUGCUGCAGUUCCUGCUGUUCCUGAUACACACGGGCUACAACCUGCUCACAGAGUGCGACUUCCCCAAGUCCAUGAACUUGUUUGUGUUUACGUACUGCUUCACCCUCAUCAUCCUCUUCAGUAACUUCUAUCAUCAGAGCUACCUCAACAAGAAGAAGCAGAUAUGAGACAGUUUCCUGUAACUGCAGUGCUUGCCAGCGUCCACAAGAGGGAGCAACAUGCUCACAGCUCGGAGGUUUUUCUUAUGGUGCUCAUUAUUAACUGCAGGUUUAGCUCUACAGUCUAAUACUAACUUUACAGACAUGUACAACUAAUGUGAACGAUUUUAGUACUUUCUGCGGUUUUUUGGAGCAUCAAAUACAUAUCAGAAAACAGA